CCUCUAAUGCUGUAACUUCUAGCACACAACAUAUUUCCUCUCAGCUUCAAUAAGAACUGAGAUUUUCCUCUGUUAUAUGUUUUAAAAAAAUUUGAGGUUAUUUGAACAAAGAAAGAAUGUUAGUUGUAGGUGGAUUAUACUCAAUUUGCAGUUUUGCAGCUGGGAUUGCAGGGAAUCUCUUUGCAUUCGUCUUAUUUGUGUCACCAAUACCAACAUUCAGAAGAAUCAUUAGAAGCAAGUCUACAGAACAGUUUUCUGGAUUACCUUAUAUAUAUGCGCUCUUGAAUUGCUUAAUAUGCCUCUGGUAUGGGACACCAAUUGUAUCUCCUGGUAUUAUAUUGGUUUUCACUGUCAAUUCAAUUGGAGCAGUGUUCCAGCUAGUAUAUAUUACCAUCUUCAUUAUUCAUGCAGAGGGGUCCAAGAAGUUGAAAAUGCUGGGAUUGGUGCUUGGCGUUUUUGCUGUAUUUGCUGCUAUAGUUGUCAUCAGCCUAUAUCUAUUUGAGCCUGCCAGUCGGCAAACUUUCGUUGGAUAUUUAUCAGUCUUUUCUCUCAUUUGCAUGUUUGCUUCUCCACUAUUCAUUAUUAAUUUGGUGAUCAAAACAAAGAGCGUGGAGUACAUGCCAUUUUAUCUAUCCCUUGCGACUUUUCUCAUGAGCCUUUCUUUCUUUGCCUACGGAAUGUUCAAGAAUGAUCCAUUCAUCUCUGUACCAAAUGGGAUCGGAGGAGUUCUUGGUGUCAUACAACUGGUACUCUACUUUAGAUAUAGCAAUUCAGGAGAGGAGCCAAGAGCACCUCUCUUGGACUCUUAUGCAUGAAACACAAGACUAUAGCUGGAACUAUCAUUAAGAAAUGGCACAAAACUUUUAUCUCUUUUCUUCUUUUCACUGAUUCUUUUUUCUUGUGUUGAGAAUUUGAGAAGGUUCGAAUUUUCUUUUUUCCAAGGAAGAAUUUGGUAUAUGUGUUAAAAGGGGUGAAGGGUAGUAUAUAGUAUAUCAUUUAUGGGAAAUUAAAGUUAUUUAUCAUUUGUUGUGUGCUCAAAUUAAUAUUGAGCAUCAGUUGCUGAGAUGAUAACUCUCAGCAAGUUUAUGUAUUCAUUGGAUUGGAUUGAUGUAUACAGAUUUCCCCCAAAUUAUAAGUUCUGCAGCC